UGGAAAUAGACGUUUCUAGGAAUAUGUACACUAAUUUUAAAUAAGAUAUUGUGCAUACCUAUUAUUACUUCUAAGAAUAUAGUGGGCGUUUGUAUGUAGACUAAACUACUGUUGCAUACAUAUGUAUGUAUCAGUGUGAUGUGUUACGUGUAAGUACACUAUGACCAACCUUAUAAUCAAGUGUGAAGUAUAUUCAGUUUUGCUUGUGUUGCUAUACGAUAUCUCUCAUAAUAGGACAGAGUGAAGUUAACUAGUCACUUAAACGGUAUAUAUCUGUGGUAUCCGGUAGUGGUAUAUGUAUUAAACGAAAGACACUAUUCCUGUGAUAACGGCGACCUAUUUAUUAAACAUUUGGAAGUGAAUUAAUAUAUUUGUAAGAGGUGAAUAUAAGUAUACCUAGACAGAUAAGAUAGGACAAUAUUCAUGUGAUUGACGACGGUAACCAUGUAAGUCUGUAGAUACACUAUUCGUGUGAAGAAGCGACUUUAACUUAGUUUCAAGAAACAUUAUUCGUGUGAUAUGUGACUUUACAAUCAACAUGGCUACUUUCGACCAAGAAAAACCAGUAUUAAACGAAUUUCAACAACCCAAGAUUGCCUCUAAUGCAGAUGUUCAGCAGGAGAUGGCUAGUGAUAUUUGUAAAACAGAAGUUCCACCAUGCGAUGUUUGUAAAACUGUUCAGGUGUGUAAUUCUAAGUUCAUGUGUGUGGAAUGUGAACAAUAUCUGUGUAAGUCUUGUAGAACAACACAUGAUGGACUUAAGUCUUGUCGUGGACACGUGAUUUUGGAUGUUAGGGUCGCAUUACAGACACCGGGCGGGGAUAAUGCCGAGUCUAAAUCUAAAGAUUUCUGCCCAAACCACCAUGAUAAAGAAGUGAGAUGUUAUUGUAAAGAUUGUUCAACAGCUGUUUGUUCCGAUUGUUAUGUGACAAACCACGGUUCGCACAAAUUUGUUGAUCUUCAUGGUGAAAACAUCGACGUUGAAACCAGAGAUGAGCUAAAAGUUUUGCAAGACGAUAUAGAAACUCAUAUUAGUAAAUUUGAAAAGUUCUGCAAAUCGUUGACCAAAAUUAAAACAGAUAUCGAAUACUCUGCAAAAACAUCAUGUGAUGCCGUUGACCAACAAAUUGAACAGAUCUGUUCUGAAGCCAAACAAGCUGGAGAGGAAAUAAAAGCCGAAAUUCAAAAGUCACGUGAUGAGGAAAUAGAUAAAAUGAUCAAACUUCUGGGAGAGAUGGAAAUAUUAAUAGAAGAUUUAAAAGCCAGUGUUAAAUGUACCGGGGAUGUUAUAGAAGAUACAUCUAUCGUCCAGGUUUUAAACAGAAUACCACAAGUUAAACAGGAAAAGGAGGAGAGCAGUUUAAGAAAGUUGGAUAUACCUGAUGUGAAAUACACGUGGUUUGAACAAUCUGUGAUUGAUAAAACAUUGUUAGUAAAACAACUAGGAUGUUUACUGUAUCAAGCAGAAUCCACUUUUACAACUAGUUUCAACUUGGAUGAAGUUGAGUCAGAAGAAGAUGAUGGAGUAAAUGGUGAAGAUCAUUAUAUUCAAGGUUUACCAUGGUAUAUUAGAGCUGUAAAGAAAGAGGAGACAGACACUGUACCAACUCUAGCUAUUUACCUACGACUAAAAUCAACAAAAGACACAGCCGAUAUUAAAUCAUGUGAGACUAACCGAAGAAUCACACUAAUUAAUAUUAAAGAUAAACAACAGUCUUUGAAGAAAGAUUCGAAUAGUACUACAUAUUAUAAACCUGGCGUAGGCGGGCGGGGUUGGCCUGGAUUCAUAGAAUGGGAUAGACUUUCUGAUAAAGAAAAUGGAUUUCUUGAUGACGACAACAACUUUACUGUACAGACAACAGUCAAAAUAAUCAAGAUUGAACGUAAUUAAUAUUAUUAUAGAUGAGUUCUAAAUACAUACCUUUCUAGUUGUAUGACAAACUCAUUAUAAUAUUUAAACUGAAUGAUUAUCUCAUAAAACAACUAGGUCAUUUCGGGACUAACACAUGGUUCAAUUUUAUUUCAAUAAUUCGCUUGUAGAAAACCCUCUUCGACUUCGCAUGGCUGUACUUAUGGAUCUGCAAAUUGCUUUAUUAUUUCCUACCAUAUCCUUAUAUUAUGAUAUUGUACAUUUUCACCCGAAAAGGCUUUAUUGAAAUUUGCAUAUACUUAUAUUAUAACUACUGUUCUCUUGAUAAUCAACUUAACAAUAUAUAGUGAUUAGAACUGUUUAAGUGUCAUUCAUAUUUUGAGUUACGUUUACUAACUAUAAACGUAUUAAAGCCUUA